AUGGCCACAACAGGGAAGGAUUUCUUCAUUGCUGAGGGAAUAGCUCCUCCAAAAAGGAUCCUCUUUCCACCGGAGAAGAUCUGCAUGGUCUGGCAGCAGAAGCAGCAUGCUGGGGCUGGGCUCUUCAACGUGGGCAACACCUGCUUCCUCAACUCUGUGCUGCAGUGCUUGACCUACACCCCGCCACUGGCCAACUACCUGCUGUCCCGCGAGCACAGCCGGGCCUGCCACCACCAAGGUUUCUGCAUGAUGUGCAUCAUGGAAUCUCACGUGAACAAGGUCCUGCACUCCCCUGUCAGCGCCAUCCUGCCCUUGGCUGUCCUCAAGGUUUUCAGACGCAUAGGAGAGCAUUUCCAGCCUGGCAGGGAGGAAGAUGCCCAUGAUUUCCUGUGCUGCACUGUCAAUGCCAUGCAGAGAGCUUGUCUGAGUGCUAGCAAUGACUUGGACCUCUCUUCUCAAUCCACCACCAUUGUCUAUCAAAUAUUUGGGGGCUUUCUGAGAUCCAGAGUCACCUGCUUCAGCUGUGAAGCCAUUUCUGACUCCUACGAGGCCUUCCUGGACGUUCCUUUGGAUAUCAAAGCAGCCUCGUCCCUCACUGCAGCUCUGGAGGAAUUUGUGACACCCGAGCACCUGGAUGGUGAUAACUGCUUUAAAUGUGACAAGUGUAAGAAGAAUGUUGCUGCCUCCAAGAGGUUCACAGUCCAUCGUGCCCCCAAGAUCCUCACGGUGUGCCUGAAGAGGUUUGACUGCUUCAACGGUGGGAAGAUCAGCAAGGUUGUGGAGUACCCUGAAUUCCUGGACCUUCGUCCCUACAUGUCCCAGGCAGAUGGAGAACCCCUCCAGUACUCCUUGUAUGCUGUCCUGGUGCACAGUGGGGUCAGCUGCCAAGGAGGACACUAUUUCUGCUACACAAAGGCCAGCAAUGGGCUGUGGUACGAGAUGGAUGAUGAGUCUGUGGAGCUCCGUUGCAUUGACACAGCUCUCAGGCAGCAAGCCUACCUGCUCUUUUAUGCCAGAUGCUCUGAUCUGAAGAUUGGAGAGAGGGCUGCUUCUUCCUCUCUGACACCACCACAUGCCCCUUCCUUCCUCAGCCACUGGGCAGGCAGCAGCAAGAAGGUGGCUUCCAUUGGCCCCCAGGGUUUGCCUGGCAGGAGGAAGGACACAGUGCUGGAGGUGGAGGACGCUGGCAUGGAGCAGGCCUGGAGCAAGUCCCGGCUGUGGGAUGGCCACAGCUGCUUUGUGGACACCAUGGACUGUGACCCCUCAGCAGGGAGGAGAACAAACCCUGCCAGCAAAGGCCAUUCUCCCAGGGAUGCUGCAGCUUCAGGGCCUUCCAGGAGGAGCCUGCAAGCCCUCACCCAGGAGGAGGAGGAGGAGGAGGAGGAGGCAGGCAACAAAUCCUCCAUGUCAUGA